UUAGCAGCUGUUCUCUUGUAUAGUGAAAAUCUAGAGGGUAGAAUUGUCGGAGGAAAACCAGCAGGUAACGGGGAUGUUCCAUACACGGUUUCUUUAAGAAGAUCGUGGAACAAUGAGCAUUUCUGUGGGGGCUCGUUAAUAACGAAUAAACAUGUCCUGACCGCAGCUCACUGUGUUUAUUAUUCGUGGGGCGGGCCCCUUCCAGCAUUCACAAUUUACGUGGUAGCAGGCCAAAUAAAAUUGGAAACAAAUGGAAGCAGCAUUUACAGGGAAGCAUCAAAUAUAAUAGCACAUCCACAGUACAAUACGAAAAAUCUCAUAAAUGACGUAGCAAUUAUAGAAAUAAACAGCGCGUUUUCUCUGACGAAGUCAAUUGCAACAGUAACCCUUAAAAUGGAGCCCGUAAUCUCUGGAUCGUGUCAAGUCAGUGGUUGGGGAUAUCAGAAAUUUGGAGCUGAUCAGUUGAGUCCGAUUCUGAUGAUAGCUGACGUAAAAAUUAUGGACUUCUCAACCUGUUACAUUAAUUAUUACGAAAGGAGUAAUGGUUCUAUCGUACUCGAUCGCGGCAUGAUUUGUGCUGGCCAUCAGCAGGGUAAAACGGACGCGUGUGGGGGCGAUUCCGGUGGACCGCUGACGUGCAACGGACUGCUAGCAGGGGUUGUUUCAGCAGGAGUGGGAUGCGCCAACCCCGAUUUUCCAGGUAUUUAUGCAAACGUUCCCUAUUACUACGACUGGAUAUUAUCUAAAAUAAACGCAUGCUCUGAUUGUUCUACAUCAAAGUCUGUCUCCGAAGCUACAAGUAUAACGGAGAGUAGUAAAUUUGUUAUUGUAACAGAAGGAACGGUAAUUAGUUUCCCAUUUAAUGUAACCAACGGCAAAGCGACCGGAUACGUGGGGUGUUUUAAUAAUUUUAGUUUCUUGUUAUUAUUAUUAUUAUUGCCUCUAAUGCACGCAAUACUUAAUUAUUUUUAAUAAUGUUAUAAUGCACACACAAAACAAAAUUGCUUUUUAUAAUGUGUAUUAUCAGUGAGACAAACAACCUUGAAUGUAUGUAACGCGCGAGUUGAUUAUAAAAAAAAAAUAGGGUCAAACAAAAGAGUACAUGUAUAAAAUUAAAUAAGCCCUUUUACGAAA